AGUGUGGGCGGGGGUCGGGGGCCUGAGAGGUGCCACCGCCACCGCGCCGGGAGCUGCAGCGGUUUUGAGCGGGGCCCAACAUGGCGGAGAGAGAGGUGGAGUCUGCCCCCCGAAAGAGGUUUGAACAGAAAUCUGGUGCAGUUUUUGAUGAAAUUGUGGAGAACUGUGGUGGUAUCAUGGAUACAGAAAUGUCUGAAGAUACAGACCGCAACUUAACUCCUACCAUUGACAGCAUGUCCUAUGGAAUGCCGAAUCAAACAGGAUCUGAAAAUUCAUUGCUGGAUGAAGAUGAUUAUUUUUUGAACUCUGGGGAUCUUGCAGGAAUUCCAGUCGUUGGUAGUGACAAUGAGGAUGAACAGGAUUUUAGUUCAAAGGACAAUCUUGUUUCUUCAAUUCAUACUGAUGAUAGCUUGGAAGUAGAGAGAAGAGUCUCACAACAUGAUUCAGACAAUGAAAAUGAAAUACAAAUUCAAAAUAAAGUUAAAAAGGACUUUCCUAAACAAUUUGAUCAGGUUUCAGUUUUUAAAUCCAUACGGAAAGAUUUUAGUCUAGUAAGAGAAAACAGCAAAGACGCAUUUUCUGGAAAGGAGAAAAAUAGAGACUUAACUUACCAUGAACGUGAAAAACGGUUGGAUAAACCCCAUAAAGAUUUGGAUUCAAGGUUGAAAAGCAGUUUUUUUGAUAAAGCAGCUAAUCAAGUUGAAGAAACAUUACAUACUCAUUUACCACAAACUCCAGAAACAAACUUUAGGGAUUCCAGCUAUCCAUUUGCCAAUAAAGAAUCCAUUGGUUCGGAACUGGGGAAUUCCUUUGCAUCAAAUAUUAGAAUUAAAGAAGAACCUUUGGAUGAUGAGUAUGACAAAGCAAUGGCACCACAGCAGGGACUACUAGACAAAAUUAAAGAUGAACCUGACAAUACUCAAGAGUAUGGUCAUGGCCAACAGCCGAAAACUCAAGAGAGGGAACUGAAAAUUAGUGCUGUGUUUUCAGUUAGUGGCAGUCCUCUUGCUCCACAGUUGACUACUGGCUUUCAGCCUUCAUUGGCAUCAUCUGGCGUGAAUAAAAUGCUUCCUUCAGUUCCAGCCACAACUGUUCGAGUUUCCUGUUCUGGUUGUAAAAAAAUUCUCCAGAAGGGGCAAACUGCUUAUCAAAGAAAAGGGUCUACUCAGCUUUUUUGCUCUACACUGUGUCUCACUGGAUAUACAGUUCCACCUGCACGCCCACCGCCACCUCCCACCAAGAAAACAUGCUCAAGUUGCUCAAAAGACAUUUUAAAUCCAAAGGAUGUGAUCAAUGCCCAGUUUGAAAAUGCCACCACUAGUAAAGUAUUUUGUAGUCGCUCAUGUUUAUCAACAUAUGAACUGAAAAGAAAACCUGUUGUUUCAAUGAAUACAAAUAGUCUUUCAACCAAAUGCAGCAUGUGUCAAAAAAAUGCUGUUAUUCGACAUGAGGUUAAUUACCAAAAUGUUGUACAUAAGCUUUGCAGUGAUGCUUGUUUCUCUAAGUUUCGCUCAGCUAACAACCUCACCAUGAACUGUUGUGAGAACUGUGGGGGUUACUGUUACAGUGGCUCUGGUCAGUGCCACGUGCUUCAGAUAGAGGGACAAUCUAAGAAGUUUUGUAGUUCAGCGUGCAUCACAGCAUACAAGCAGAAAUCAGCCAAAAUUACACCGUGUGCACUUUGCAAAUCAUUGAGAUCCUCAGCAGAAAUGAUUGAAAAUACCAACAGCUUGGGGAAGACUGAACUUUUCUGUUCUGUUAAUUGUUUAUCUGCUUACAGAGUUAAAAUUGUUACUUCUACAGGUGUACAAGUUCAGUGUAACAGUUGUAAAACAUCAGCUGUCCCUCAGUAUCACCUAGCCAUGUCAGAUGGAAGUAUUCGUAAUUUCUGCAGCUACAGUUGUGUGGUAGCUUUUCAGAACUUGUUCAACAAACCAGCAGGAAUGAAUUCUUCAGUAGUGCCCUUGUCUCAGGGCCAAGUAAUUGUAAGCAUUCCCACAGGUUCAACAGUGUCAGCAGGAGGAAGUACUACUUCUGCUGUUUCCCCCACCUCCAUCAGUAGCUCUGCUGCAGCUGGUCUCCAGCGUCUUGCUGCUCAGUCUCAACAUGCUGGAUUUGCACGAAGUGUGGUGAAACUAAAGUGUCAACACUGUAAUCGCCUUUUUGCCACAAAACCAGAACUUCUUGACUAUAAGGGUAAAAUGUUUCAGUUCUGUGGCAAGAAUUGUUCUGAUGAGUAUAAGAAAAUAAAUAAUGUGAUGGCAAUGUGUGAAUAUUGUAAAAUUGAAAAAAUUGUAAAGGAAACUGUGCGAUUCUCAGGUGCUGACAAGUCAUUCUGUAGUGAAGGUUGCAAAUUACUUUAUAAACAUGACUUGGUAAAACGUUGGGGAAAUCACUGUAAAAUGUGCAGUUAUUGUUUACAGACGUCUCCCAAAUUGGUACAGAGUAAUUUAGGGGGAAAGGUGGAAGAUUUCUGUUGUGAAGAGUGUAUGUCCAAAUACACAGUUUUGUUCUAUCAGAUGGGCAAAUGUGAUGGUUGUAAGCGACAGGGUAAACUCAGUGAGUCUUUGAAAUGGCGAGGAGAAAUGAAGCAUUUUUGUAACUUGCUUUGUAUCUUAAUGUUUUGUAACCAACAAAGUAUAUGUGACCUGCCUUCACAAAACAAUACAGCAAGUAUUUCCAUGGUGCAAGCUGCUUCAGCAGGGCCCCCAUCUCUAAGAAAAGAUUCAACUCCAGUUAUAGCUAAUGUAGUAUCAUUGGCAAGUGCGCCUGCUGCCCAACCCACAGUGAAUCCUAACAGCGUCUUACAAGGUGCAGUUCCAACAGUAACAGCAAAAAUCAUUGGUGAUGCAAGUACACAAACAGAUGCCCUAAAACUACCACCUUGUCAACCUCCACGGCUUUUGAAGAACAAAGCAUUAUUGUGCAAACCUAUUACACAGACUAAAGCUACGUCUUGUAAACCACAUACUCAAAACAAAGAAAGCCAGACAGAAGACACUCCAAGUCAACCCCAAAUCAUUAUGGUGCCCGUCCCUGUGCCAGUGUUUGUGCCUAUACCUCUUCAUCUUUAUACUCAGUAUGCACCUGUACCGUUUGGAAUUCCAGUUCCAAUGCCUAUCCCCAUGUUUAUUCCAUUCUCAAUGAAUAAUGAAGAUAAAGGAACUGAAAGUAUUGAAGACAUGAAGGGAAAGCUUCCCACACAUCCAUUUGAAGCUGAUCUCCUUGAGAUGGCAGAAAUGAUUGCAGAAGAUGAAGAGAAGGAAAAAACUCUAUCCCAGGGAGAAUCUCAAACUUCUGAACAGGAACUCUUUCUAGACACAAAGAUAUUUGAAAAAGACCAAGGAAGUACAUAUAGUGGUGAUCUUGAAUCAGAAGCUGUAUCUACUCCACAUAGCUGGGAGGAAGAACUGAAUCAUUAUGCCUUAAAGUCAAAUGCUGUGCAAGAGGCUGAAUCAGAAUUAAAGCAGUUCUCAAAAGGGGAAACUGAACAGGAUCUGGAAGCAGAUUUCCCAUCAGAAUCAUUUGACCCCCUUAAUAAAGGGCAAGGAACCCAAGCACGCUCUCGAACUAGACGACGACACAGAGAUGGAUUCCCACAGCCCAGACGAAGAGGACGGAAGAAGUCUAUUGUGUCUGUAGAGCCCAGGAGUCUUAUUCAAGGAGCUUUUCAAGGGUGUUCUGUGUCUGGGAUGACACUGAAAUACAUGUAUGGAGUAAAUGCCUGGAAGAAUUGGGUUCAGUGGAAAAAUGCUAAGGAAGAACAGGAGGAUCUGAAAUGUGGAGGUGCUGAACAUGUGUCAUCCAGCCCAUGUCCUGACUCCUUAGGAAAUCCUCAAGACCAUGCACGCCAUCAAGAUUCCUCAGAGCCAACCUGUAGAGUCCGUACUAUCAAACUUAAGGAAGAUAUUUUAUCCUGCACUUUUGCUGAGUUGAGUUUGGGCUUAUGCCAGUUUAUCCAAGAGGUGCGGAGACCAAAUGGUGAAAAAUACGAUCCAGACAGUAUCUUAUAUUUGUGCCUUGGAAUUCAGCAGUACCUGUUUGAAAAUGGUAGAAUAGAUAACAUUUUUACUGAGCCCUAUUCCAGAUUUAUGAUUGAACUUACGAAACUUUUGAAAAUAUGGGAACCUACAAUACUUCCUAAUGGUUACAUGUUCUCUCGCAUUGAAGAAGAGCAUUUGUGGGAGUGCAAACAGCUGGGUGCCUACUCACCAAUUGUCCUCUUGAACACGCUCCUUUUCUUUAAUACCAAAUACUUCCAACUAAAGAAUGUUAGUGAGCACUUGAAGCUUUCCUUUGCCCAUGUGAUGAGACGGACCAGGACUCUAAAAUAUAGUACUAAGAUGACAUAUCUGAGGUUUUUCCCACCUCUACAUAAGCAGGAGUCAGAACCAGAUAAAUUAAGUGUUGGCAAGAGGAAACGAAUGGAAGAUGAUGAGGUGUCCGUGGGUGUGGAGAUGGCUGAGAAUACCGACAACCCACUAAGGUGCCCAGUCCGGCUUUAUGAAUUUUAUCUGUCAAAAUGUUCUGAAAGUGUGAAGCAGAGGAAUGAUGUGUUUUACCUUCAGCCAGAGCGUUCCUGUGUCCCAAAUAGCCCCAUGUGGUAUUCCACAUACCCAAUAGACCCUGGGACUCUGGACACCAUGUUAACACGUAUUCUCAUGGUGAGAGAGGUACACGAAGAACUUGCCAAAGCCAAAUCCGAAGACUCUGAUGUUGAAUUAUCAGAUUAAAAUGGAAUUAUGGUUCUUCUUUCCAUACACAUUGGUAUAUACCAAACUGGGAAUGCAUCCAGCCAUUGGAAUACGAAGUAUCAGCCCAAGUCCUCUUGACUUGAUCAUGAGAUAAUGGAAAACAGAUGACUCCUGACCCACAGUGUGGAUGUACAAAUGAAAACUGAUGGAAGGCUAUGAACUGAAAAAUUUUGUUCUUUGACAAUGAUAGAAUUCUUAGACAUCUUUGGAACGAAUAACCAAUUUCUCUGAGUGGUGCAUAAUCUUAUUUUGUUUGGGAAUAACAAAUUGUGGAAUAUUUUUGAGGAAAAUUGUUGUAUAAAACUAUACCAUAGGAACACUAGACCUUAGAGAGAGAGCUCUGGAAUAAAACCUUGGCUGGAAUAGACUACUUGGGCAAGCCCUCCGUGAAAGUCAGGGGAGAAGUCACUUAGUACAGAGAUGAGAGUGAUGCCAGAUGAGAACUGUGGGACCUAGAUAUGAAGACCCAAUAAAAAUACUCAACAUUUUUUUGAAAGAGAGAGAGUGAAGUGGUCUUGAUUUUGAUUUUCACUGCCAACCCAGUUAUGUUAAGGAGAGAUACCCCGUUGCUUGUCCCAAGCCUCUCACAUCAGGACAAAAGGCCUUCAUUGCUGUUAACAUCAUAAUAUUUUCCUUUCACUUUUUGGAUCUAGCAGUAUCAGCUGGAUAUGGGGGUAAAUUGAGGUAACGGAGAUAAAACUUUGCAAACUAAUUAUGCACACAGAUCUCUGGAGCUCAGUAGACCAUAGCUGUCUUGAGAUGUUUGUAGAAAACCCACAAAAAUGCCCAUUUUCUCUGGGUGUGAGCCUUUAUUGCUGUUGUCUCAUAGCAUGAGCCAUGGUACACAGAAAUGCAGGUUCUCUUUCCCCCCCCUAAAAUGGCAGCUUUUCUCUUACUGCUUUACCUUCCUUCUGCCUAAAUAAUUUGUCUUUUGUACCAGUUUCCAGAGGCCCUUGUUAUUUCAUACAGAAUAGUUCUCUUAUUCUGGUGAACCUGUGGUGAUUCCACAGACACAACAGUAUUGACUCUCAGAAUUAUGAUAGAAAAGCUCCUGGUAUGUUCCUAUAUAUAGCAUUUGGAAUAUGACCUUGUUGCUCUAAAAAUCUUGAAAAUAAGUGAUUCUAAGGUUAUGGUACAAAGAUUUUUGACAGUUUUACUUAUCCAAAAGCCGGUCUUUUAGCAUUAUUCCAAAUUAGCUGUUCAGUAGUUCUGUGGGGAUUGCAGAUUCUAGGCAUGUGUGGCAUAUCAGUUCACCUCCCUCAUCUUCAUGCUGAGUUUCAUCCCCACAAAAAUUUUAAUCAAAGCUCUUAGGUUGGCUAAUCACAGGUUAAUGUAAUAAUUAAAGUAAGCAGAGUCCAAAAACCCUCUUGGAAAUAUUAACUUUGAAAACUUGUCUAUAUAUCCCAUUUUUCAGGUGGAAGUGAUAGGUAUAUAUUUUUUUUAUUAAAUCAAAAUUCAUUAUAAUAAUAAAACUUAAAAAGUAGGCCUUUGAUAUUGUAUCUUUGUUGGGUCUGUCCCCUGCUUGUAACAAAUUUCAUUUUUGCUCCCAACAACUAUGUAAAAAAGUAAAUAUGCCCCUAUUUGUAUGAUUCCUUCAAUCUGUAUGUCAAUUCUGAGUGGAAAACUUCUCAAUUCCAGACCAUGUUUGAGGUGGGGGAAAUACAAUUCCAUUGUCUGCUAACUCUGCCAGUAAAUUAUCCAGGAACAUCAGGUGUAAUAGUUCCUGCUAUAAAGUUUCAUGGUUUGUAUAAACACUAUAUUUCUCCCCCACCUUUGUAGCUGUAUGAAAAGCAGAUACUGUUAGCCUAGUAGAUAAAUUGUUAUAAAAUACCAGAAAGAAGAAAAAUCUGUAUCUUUUAACUGAAAACAAUCAGUACCCAGAGAAAUUACUGUGUCAAAAUUUCAGUUGCAUGCUACUACAAGGAGUUACCCAGAACCCUAAAUUAGUUCAUAAAAAAAUACUAAUUAGUCAUUCCUCAUAAGUAUAGCUACUACCAGUAUGUGUCAGGUUAUUUGCUUUUUUAUUUUAUUAAAAUUGUGUAAAAUUACAUUGUUUCCUCGAGAGAAAAAAAAUCAAAGAAAAAAGAGAAAUAACUAACUCAUCUUUUCUGUUGUUUUAGCUACUUUGAGGAUUCUCCCCAUGAAGAAAUCACAAAAAAUAGUCCCAUAGAAUAAAAUAGUAUAUUUGUAUUUGA